CCGCGCAGUGUUACUUCCCUUGCAGUACAGUAAUCACUGCCUUCACAAAUAUCACGUGAUGAUAGAAACGGCACGUGAUUGCAAUUUACAAAAUGGACGGAACACCUUUAAAAGAAAUUCCAGCAACAUGUUUCAUUUGUUUAGAAAAUAAACGAUUUUAUUCCAUAAAAGGAAAAAAUGCAAAACGUUCGAUACAUGUCUGAAUAGCUAACAACACAUCCAUGUUGAUAUUGUAAUUUGUAAAUCCUACUUUCAAUUUGAAAAAAGACCGAACAUUUCCGAAUGUUUUUUUUAAUUGUUAUUUUUUUAUAAAACAUAUUAUGCCUAUCAACUGGCGUAAAGUAAUUAUUUAAGAAAGGAUAUAAGAAUAAAUAUAUAUGAUUAAAAAAAAUGCCAUUAAAAGUUUUCAUCCAAUUUUGGAUGAAAAUCUUGUGGUGGCAGUGAUUACUGUACUGCAAGGGAAGUAACACUGCGCGGAGUUUGAUAUAUUACUUGACUGACUUGAAACCAUAUGAAUACAAUAUUAAACCGGUUUAUUCAUAUACACAAGGUGUCAUUUCAGUAGCUGUCAAAACAAAAUAUUGUCUUAAGCACUAUGGGUGUUGACAAUCGAGGGGUGUUAGUGUUGUUUGGAAGCCAGACAGGGACGGCUCAGGAUGUUGCUGAAAAAAUUGGAAGGGAGGCAAAAAGACGACAUUUUCUACCAAGGGUUAUGGCCCUUGAUAAUUACAAUGUGGCAGAUUUGAUACAAGAGAACUUGACCGUGUUUGUGUGUUCAACAACGGGCCAGGGCGACCCUCCUGAUAACAUGAUGAAAUUCUGGAAGUUCAUAAUGCGAAAAAAUCUGCCAAAGGACUCACUGUGCCAGUUAAGCCAUGCUGUUCUUGGCCUAGGGGAUUCUUCUUACCCAAAGUUCAACUUUGUUGGUAAGAAGCUACACAGGAGACUGGAACAACUAGGCAGCUCAGGGCUGGUGAAUAUUGGUCUGGCUGAUGAUCAGCAUGACUUGGGUGCUGAUGCAGUGGUAUAUCCAUGGAUGGAGGGCUUGUUUACUCGGCUAUUGUCCCUCUACCCACUCCCUCCUGGCCUUGACAUUGUGCCUGCAGAUGUAAGACCACCAGCAAGGUUUCGUGUUCAGUUUUUAACAGAGAAUGGAGAAAACCAAGCCUCUGAAAACAGUGAGCAUGAUCAGAGCCAUCCAGAUGUUCCUGGCUGGUUCCCGGGACAGCCAUUUCCUGCAAGGCUUUUGGCCAAUGAAAGAGUUACUGCUAGAGACCAUUUUCAGGAUACAAGAUUGAUCCGGUUGAAUAUAUCAGGUUCAGAUAUAAGCUACGAACCUGGAGAUGUGGCCUGUGUGUGUCCACAAAACAUGGCCGACACCGUCAACGACUUUAUUUCCUAUAUGAACCUCGAUGCAAACAAGAAAUUCAUUCUUUCCUCCGUGGAUGAAGGUACAUCGGCUCCUAAGCUACCUCAGCCCUGCACAGUUCAUUACCUCGUACAGAAUUACCUCGAUAUAAACUGUGUUCCACGAAGGUCUUUCUUUGAAAUGAUGCUUUAUUUUGCGGAUGAUGAACUAGAAAAGGACAAACUGCAGGAGUUCUGUUCGGCAGAAGGACAAGAAGAGCUGUUUUCCUACUGUAACAGAGUGAGACGGACACUACUUGAGGUGCUUCAUGACUUCCCCAAAACGAGCCCUAACAUUCCGUUCCAGUACUUGUUUGAUAUGAUCCCUGUUCUCCAGCCAAGGUCUUUCUCCAUAGCUUCAUCUAUAAAGGCACACCCAGGUGAAAUCCACCUUCUGGUUGCUGUGGUAAAGUACAAGACUCGAAUCCAGGCCCCACGCCAGGGUGUGUGUUCCACUUGGCUCGCCUCACUAGACCCCUCGUGUGGCCCCACUGUGCCCCUGUGGGUGAAAAAAGGAACCAUCAAGUUCCCCUGUGAUGCCCAGAUGCCGGUUGUCAUGGUGGGGCCAGGCACAGGUGUAGCACCAUUUAGAAGUUUUAUAGAAGAAAGGGUGGCCGAUAAAAUAAAAGAAAACACCCUAUUCUUUGGAUGCAGAUACAAAGCCAAAGAUUUCUACUUCGAAAACCAGUGGAACAACUAUGUGCAGGAAAAUCAGAUGACGCUGUAUACUGCUUUUUCUCGUGACAAUGAGGAUGCUGACCGGUAUUAUGUCCAGCACGCCAUCAAGGAUGCAGGGAAGGAUAUUUGUGACCCCCUGCUAGCAGGGGCCUUCUUCUUUGUGGCAGGGAACUCCAAGAACAUGCCUGAAGCUGUGAGGGAGGCUGUCAAGGAUGUUCUAAUCACCCAUGGACACAUGGACAGAGAACAAGCUGACACUUAUAUACAAACUAUGGACAGACAAAAACGAUACCAGGCUGAAACAUGGUCCUGAGUUUAAACCCUGGAUAGUUUGAAUUAAAUAGUCAACUGUGAUAUAGGAGACUUUUUGUGUCGCCUGAAAAGACGACAUAUAGGGGUUACUUUUGUCGGCGGCGGCGGUGGCGGCGUCAGCGGCGUCCGCUUCCCAUUUUCGCUUGUCCGGGGUAUAUCUCCUAAACUAUUAGUGGUAUCAACUUGAAACUUCAUAUGUAGAUAGAUCUAAUUGAGGGCAAGUGCAGUGCACAAGAACUGUUACUCUUGCUUCCAUAUUUUUAGAGUUAUUGCCAUUUGUUAUUUUUCAUGCUUAAAGUUUUGUCCGGGGCAUAUCUUGAAGAAUAUAAGAGGUAUCAACUUGAAACUUCAUAUGUAGAUAGAUCUCAUGGAGGGCAAGUGCAGUGCACAAUAACAGUAACUCUUGCUUUCUUAGUUUUAAGAUAAAUGCCCUUUGUUAAUUUUCAUGCUUAAAGUUUUGUCCGGGGCAUAUCUUGAAGAAUAUAAGAGGUAUCAACUUGAAACUUCAUAGCUAGAUAGAUCUAAUUGAGGGCAAGUGCAGUGCACAAUAACAGUAACUCUUGAUUUCUUAGUUUUCAAGUUAUUGCCCUUUGUUAAUUUUCAUGCUUAAAGUUUUGUCCGGGGCAUAUCUUGAAGAAUAUAAGAGGUAUCAACUUGAAACUUCAUAGCUAGAUAGAUCUCAUUGAGGGCAAGUGCAGUGCACAAUAACAGUAACUCUUGAUUUCUUAGUUUUAAAGUUAUUGCCCUUUGUUAAUUUUCAUGCUUAAUGUUUUGUCCGGGGCAUAUCUUGAAGAAUAUAAGAGGUAUCAACUUGAAACUUCAUAGCUAGAUAUAUCUCAUUGAGGGCAAGUGCAGUGCACAAGAACCGUUACUCUUGCUGCCAUAUUUUUAGAGUUAUUUCCCUUUGUUAAUUUUCUUGCUUAGGUUUUGUCCGUGGCAUAUCUCGUAAACUAUAGGAGGUUUCAACCCGAAACUUAUUCCGUAGGUAUAUCUGAUUGAGGGUUCAAAUGCCACCUACACUUGAAAGUUAAAUGGCAACAUCAGUGUCUAUAAAUGAAUAAAAUGCCAAUCUAACAGCUAUAAUGUCGACAGUAAAUAAUUCGUCAGGCGACACAUCCGACUCGCGGAGUUCUAGUUUACUAUUAUUCUUUUGUAUCGAUUUGGGAUGUUAUGAUUGAUUAAUAGAAUAGACUAAUUAAAUAGAAA